AGAUCCCAAGCAGCCAUUAACACUCCAUCUCUGUCUAUCUUUGACCACCAUUCUGCUCUUAGACAGAGAGAGGGGACAGAUAUGGCAGCUAUCACCUCCUGCGGUGUCAGUUUGAGGGUGGCCGAGAAGUCCCAACCGCACCCUCCGCUGUAUGCUUCCGUUUGUCCGCCCUCUUCUCCCUCUGCUAAGUCGUCUAAGCUCUUCUUCUGCUCCCAAUUGUCAUUUGCUUCUAGUAAUGCUUGUCUUUCUCUUCGCUCCAAUCAAACUUUGCACUCACCUCGUCUCGCGAAAUCUUCUAAUCCAGCUCUGCAGGUUGUAGCAUCAGCUAAACCAGAACCCUUGAAAAUAAUGAUAUCAGGGGCACCUGCUUCUGGUAAGGGUACUCAAUGUGAGCUCAUCACUAAGAAAUAUGGUUUGGUGCAUGUUGCUGCUGGAGACCUGUUGAGAGCGGAAAUUGCUUCAGGAAGUGAAAAUGGGAAGCGAGCAAAGGAAUACAUGGAAAAAGGUCAACUGGUCCCAAAUGAAAUUGUAGUCAUGAUGGUGAAGGAGCGCUUGUUGCAGCCAGAUGCCCAGGAAAAUGGUUGGCUUUUGGAUGGAUACCCUAGGAGCUUGUCCCAAGCGACUGCUCUUAUGGAAUUUGACUUCUGGCCUGAUCUUUUCAUUCUGCUAGAAGUCCCUGAAGAGCUUCUUGUUGAAAGGGUAGUUGGACGCAGGUUAGACCCUGUUACUGGGAAGAUAUACCAUCUGAAGUAUUCUCCUCCUGAGAGUGAAGAAAUUGCUGCUAGGCUCACCCAACGUUUUGAUGAUACUGAAGAGAAGGUGAAGUUGCGAUUGCAUACUCACCAUCAAAAUGUGGAGGCAGUACUUUCACUUUAUAAAGAUGUUAUAUUAAAGGUCGAUGGAAGUGUUUCGAAAGAGGACGUGUUUGCACAAAUUCACCGUGCUUUAACAAAAUUACUUGAGGAUAAGAAAGCAACUUCUGGAUCUCUGGCUGCAUAAUUGUGGAAAAUGAAUAGGUAGAACAUUGCAUAGAGAUCUAGCAAAAAGAUAUCAUGGUUGCCAAUUGCCAAUAUAGACUCGUAUAAUGCUUCAAUAUUAAAUGCCAAAUUUAAUUCUCUUUCUUGUAAGUCACCAGUUGCUUAUACAAAUUUUUGUUAGUCAUUGUUGUUA